CCUCACGUGACUCACGUGAUAUGCCGGCGGCUUCCCUACUCGAGCGAGGAAGAUAACUUUAGUACUUGCCACCAAUGUGUAUGGCACGACUCUUACCAUUCAAUAUUCAAUCCUCAUGUCGCCCCUUCCACCCACGAUGGAAUGCUAUCGUGACCAAGCCAAUAUCAUGAACGCAUACAACAUAAUCCUCAGACUUGAAAAAACAAUUCAAGAAAUGGAGAAGCAGAUGAUUUAUUGCCGAAUACUCGGCUACCUCUUCCACCAUUUUCUGGGUCACCAGGUGAAUGGUGACUUCGUUCGGGAGAUCUCCACAAUCAGUUCCGACGACGAAAAACUGUUGGAGUUAGGGCAGCACUUCUAUCAGUUUUUCACUCGACUGUAUCAGAUAAAGGGCACAUUGCAAGAGACCCCUCAAAAUCAUCAAACUGCUAAGAAGCUCGUUCGUAUCACCCAUUUUAGCCUGCCCUCGUUAGGGAUGGUUACCAGUGUUAUCACCAAACUGUAUGAUAGGCAUGCCAUCAAGGGCAGCUGCGACCUGCGAGAGGCCGCUGAGAGGGAACAAGCGCGCUUGGUGUGCACUCACUGUACUCACAUCUUUCCGGAGUCUAUCAACGCAAAUAUCACAUCAGGGUCAAACAAAGAGCACCAUGCUGCUUCUGUUUGGGCAAUACUUGAUCGCUUUGGCUACCGACGCCUGCGGGAGGAGCUCAAUGGUCCCAAUAUACAUCGACUCGAAAAUGUCAUGACGAUGGAAGCAAACUUGCACCUGCUGUUUGAUUCGUUGGACAUUUGCUUUGCUGAAACGAUGCGAAUCAUAUUUUCCCUGUCUUGUCUGAGGGAUUCGAGCAAGGGACCCGCAUUGUAGGGCGUACCCAAUACGUACAAACUUGAAGCAUCCAAGCGCGGCUACCUUAACCAAAUUGCCCGAUUCGUGACCUUUACAACAACGAUCCGAAGCUUCCUCUCCCUAGUCCAAACUACCUUGCUAUUCAUGCUGCUAGUGCCAGGGUUGCCCAUCUCUCCGGUGCAGCUAAGUGCAUUGGAGAGGUUUUCAGUCGUAUGGAAGACACCCGUGUCUUAGCGGAGGGUGGAGGGUCGGCAGAGUUGUUACACGAAGUGAUUUUGUCUUCAAUACAGGCCAUUUCACCCUAACGUAUUUGUGCUAUUCAGUCAUCAUGAUGUUCUUAAGCAUAAUAUGUAUGUAUAUCCGGCCUGGCUGCUAAAUUUCCUCACAUACACUACCUUGUCGGUGUCGAUUUUUGCACUUCGAGCUUUGUCGCUUGUUAUCCUACCC